AUGGUGCGGCUUCAUGUUGUGAUUCGCGUUGGCAGUGCGGAGGGUGACGUACAGACUGCUCAUGUGACAUUCUCCGAGCAAAAGUCGAUGGAGACUGCUCUACUGCUGACGCGCGCCCGUGACCUGGAUGCUAGGCUGGCUUUCUCUAGCUCUGCUGCUGCAGGUACUGCUGCCAUUCGUGAUGGCAUCGUCGCCCUGCCAUCCACAAUCUCUGAAGGAGCCAAAACCGUUGGCACCAACGUCUCAGAAGGAGCCAAGGUGGUGGGCUCUACAAUGGCAGAGGGUGCUAAGGCUGUUGGAUCAACAGUCUCAGAGGGAGCUAAAGUUGUUGGAUCAAGCGUUGCAGCCACUGCUGAUACUAUCGACAAGAGGCUAUACAUCUCACAGAGUUUCAAAGCAGGGACAGGAGCCUUGGCCAAGUCCUUGAGUGUCGUUGAUGAAAAGCUGCACCUGUCUGAGACCACCAGAGGGGCGUUUGUGGCUGCGGAGACAAAGCUGAACGAGGCUGGAGAGAUUUUGGUGCAGAAUAAACUCAUUGCCUCCAGCAAGGACUUCGUCAUGGGUGUCACUUCCAAGAUAUCAAACAUUGUUGAAGGGGAGGCGAAGGCAUCUCUAGAUGCUGCCGCUUCCACGGAGGGAAGCAAGGAUGGGGGCGAAGCAGCCAAGCCAGUCGAGCCUGAAACGGAGGGAGCAGCUGCCAAAAACACUGUAGCCGAUGCUUCUCCAGCUGCCCCAGAUGCGUCGCCUGUUGAUGCGGCAGCAGAAGCGACCAAGACAGCGUCAGAUGCUCCCGCACCAGCUAGUAAGUCCAAGGAUGAAGACACCCCAGUUUUCUGA